AGAUAUAUUGUAAGAAUCCGAUGCACAUUCUACAUUCAUCCACUAGAAAAUAUAUUGCAAAUAUAUUUAAAAAAGUGUACACCGGCUUUUAUUGCUGUUGCUUUAAGAGCUAUAUAUAUAUAAUUGGCAGUAUAUUUUCUAUUGGAUGCAUGUAGGAUGUGCCUCUGAUAUACACGGUGGGCGGGCGUUAGCACGAGAGGCGGGACUUCCAGGCAGCAUGUGGGCGGUUCUGAUUUGACAGAAGGAAAAGGAUCAGUGACAGAAAGGAACCCUAUCGCAAACGCCGGGUUGUUCUGUUGGUUUCUUGAAGAUACUGGUAUCUAUGGCCGUUAAAGGGAUGAAUCUAUGCAGUGUUUGCUGUCUUGCCCUUUAUUUCGUUACAGCAGUGCUUGCAGGGCGAGAUUUCUACAAGAUCUUGGGGGUGAGCAAGUCUGCGUCUGUGAGGGACAUCAAGAAGGCUUACAGAAAGCUGGCUCUCCAGCUGCACCCUGACAGAAACCAAGAUGACCCAACUGCUGCUGACAAAUUCGCAGACCUGGGGUCAGCCUAUGAGGUGCUCUCUGAUGAAGAGAAGAGAAAGCAGUAUGAUGCAUACGGAGAGGAUGGUCUGAAAGAGGGCCACCAUGGUUCUCACAAUGAUAUCUUCUCCAGUUUCUUUGGCGACUUUGGCUUCAUGUUUGGAGGAAACCGGCAAGGACAGCAGGACAGGAACAUCCCCAGAGGAAAUGACAUUGUGCUGGACCUGGAGGUCACACUCGAAGAGGUGUACUCUGGGAACUUUGUAGAGGUUGUUCGUAACAAGCCUGUAGCCAAAGAGGCCCCUGGGAAACGGAAAUGCAACUGCAGACAGGAAAUGAGGACGACGCAACUCGGACCUGGACGCUUCCAGAUGAGCCAGGAAGUAGUGUGUGAUGAGUGUCCCAAUAUAAAGCUGGUGAAUGAGGAGAGAACUCUGGAGGUAGAGAUUGAACAGGGAGUGAGAGAUGAGAUGGAGUACCCUUUCAUUGGGGAAGGCGAACCUCACAUCGAUGGAGAGCCAGGGGACCUACGCUUCCGCAUCAAAGUUAUGAAACAUCCAGUGUUUGAGCGGCGAGGAGAUGACCUGUACACUAACGUCACCAUCUCCCUGGUGGAGGCUCUGGUUGGCUUUGAAAUGGACAUCACACACCUGGACGGCCAUAAGGUCCACAUUGUGAGGGACAAGAUCACUAAGCCUGGUGCUCGGGUGUGGAAGAAAGGAGAAGGACUGCCCAACUUCGACAACAACAACAUCCGUGGCUCUCUCAUUGUCUCCUUCGACGUCGAGUUCCCAGAGACACAGCUGAAUGACAAUCAGAAAGAGGGAGUGAGGGCGAUUCUGAAGCAGGCAUCGGUACAGAAGGUUUACAACGGACUACAGGGAUACUGACACACCAACAGACAGAAUCUGGACUGAGUUCUGUGCUACAAAACACACAAAGGAACAAGCACAGGGGUGUAUUUAUUUUCAGAUUGUUCUCAGGAUGGGUUGACUUGAUUUGUUUUAUUUUUUAAUAUUCAACAUUCUGAAGGUGACUUGACAUUGUCUAUUUUCUUUUAAAGAAGUCCUUGUUAUAUUUCACAUUGACAGGGUGAAACUACACCAUAUUUAUACUUUUAAUUUUCUUGCCCUCGUCCCAAUUUUUUACUACCACCAUUUCUUUGUCACUCAUUUUACUUUGUCUUUUUUAAUUCACCUUCAAUUUCAACUACUGUCAUCCAAUGUGAACCACUAUCACAGACAUGUUUGAUUAUCAAAGCCCACUAUCUGAUGUUAAACCUUUAUCACACCUGACGGGGCACUAAAAAAGGAGCUGGACUGAGGCAAAGGACUCUGAAAUCAAAGGACCAUCUCAUGGACCUCAGCAAGACUGGAAUACUAUUCGCCUCCCUGUUGUUCUGAUAACUUUUACAGAUGUAAUACUGUACUGGGGAAUUUCAUCUUGAGUGAUUUUGACUCCUCUGACACCUUCAACAAUUCUGUCAUUUAUAGGUUUUUGGUCAUAUAUGUUUUCAGUAAUAUCUCAAAACGCUUUGUAAAUAGGAAAGAAACUACAUAUUGUUAUUUUUGUUGCUUUUGUUGAGUUGGAUCGUAUCUUUCGAUGUCUUCUUUGGGGGGAAUGUCUUGAGUGUUCUGUAUGUUGAAAGAGAGGCCACAGAGAAUGGACCUGUUGAGCUGCCUCGCAUAACCUCGUCAUCAGGGUAGGAUUUUACCAUGGAGAGACACUCUGGCUCCACCCACCACCAUCCACACCUCUUGCGCCUCCUUUCAGCCUGUUCUGCGUCCCAAAUGACACCCCACCUGUAUAUUACACUACUUCCGACCGGUCCCCAUGGGGCUCUGACCGGUCCCCAUGGGGCUCUGACCGGGGCCCCAUGGGGCUCUGACCGGGGCCCCAUGGGGCUCUGUUCAAAAGUAGGACACUAGAUAGGGAAUAAGGUUUAAUGCCAGACACAGACCUAGGUUGUCUGGACUACUCUUCCUGGUGGAAUGGGGCUACUGUUUUCCAGAGUGCUACAGUACAGGAGGGAGAAGUGUACUUUCAGCUGAGAGUUCAAUUAAAAGUUUAUAUAAAUAAUGA